GGAAUUGCCCCGUGGCCCGGAAGCGAAGCAUGUUGACCGAGGUCGUUGAUGUCAAGAAGUUCCACGACUAUGGCUUCGAGUGCAUGGGGCUCUUCGCCAAAGAAGAUCUGCCCAAGGGCACGCUCAUCUGGUACUCGCAGGACAUUGACGUCGUCGACAUCUACACCAAGGCCGAGAUCCUCGCGCACCCGCAGAAGGACACGCUCAUCACAUACUCGUACAUGCGCGGCGACGACAAGUUUGGCACGACGCUGAACCCGUCGUCCGACCCGAGCUGGUAUUUCAACCACUCUUGCGACCCGACGACGUGGUACGAAGGCGACGAGCGCAUCACGACGUGUCGCGACGUCAAGAAGGGCGAGCAGCUGACGUACGACUAUGCGUGCACCGAGACCGAGUCGUCGAUGCACUACGGCUUGCAGUGCCUAUGUGGCACGGCGGCGUGCCGCGGCGUGCUCACGUUCUCCGAGUGGCGCUCGCGCAAGUUCAUCAAGAAGAACCGCGACCAUUUGAACGACCACGUGUGGAAGAAGCACUCGGAGAACAGUUGGUAUGACCCGCGCGCCGAGGUGCGCGCCAAGUCGGGCGAUGCCAUGGGCCUCUUUGCGCGCCUCCACAAGGACGCGGUGAUCAAGAAGGGCGAGAUUAUCUGCGUCUUCUCGGGCAAGAUCGUGCACCGCGACCACAUCUUGGAGCCGGGCGCUGUCUCGAAGCGCGACUUUGAAAUGUCGUUGCAGGUGGCGCCGACGCUGUGGCAGAUUCCGUCGUGGAAGGAGAGCGGCGAGAAGUGCGACACAAGUGACUACAUCAACCAUUCGUGCGACCCGUCGUGUGGCAUGAAGGACUCGGUCACGGUGCACGCCAUCCGCGACAUCUACCCCGGUGACGAGAUCACGAUUGACUACGCCAUGGUCAACGACGGCAGCAUGGAGCAAGAAAGCGACAAUUUUGACUGCCAGUGCGGCAGUGCCAGCUGCCGCGGGCGCAUCACGUCGACGGACUGGCGUCUUCCCGAAGUCCGCAGCCGCCUUGGCGAGCACUUUUCGCCCUUCGUCAAGGAGCUUGUGCUGCGUGCCCAGGAGACGCCAUAGGAUAUACUAGCUCUACAGGUGUAACAAGCACCUCAAUUCUGACGUGUACGACGCA